GAGCUCAGUGCCAGCUCAGUGCUCGCUAGAUCGUCGAACGUGCGCACACGUUACGCGCCUGACAUUUUUUGUGUUGCCCCCUCCUUAAUAAGUAUUCGGGUGGAACGCCGACCGAGAAAGGUGAAUGUGUGUUAUCGGUGCUCUUAUCUACAAGAAAGUCAAAAGUGUGGUACGCAGCGCUGUAUAUCCUGCCGGGUAGAAAGGUGCUUUGUAUAUUUGCCGAGAGAGGAAAGAGAGGAUUUGGGUGAGAUCGAUAAGAGAGGGCUCCGUGCAGAGAGUUCGCAGUCUCUCAUUUAGCAGCGGAGAGUUUGUGGUGUGUGCGUGUUUUGUUGAUCCUGGCGUAUUGAGAGAGGAAAUGACCGAUCGCCCUGGAUCUUGAUAUCAUCGUUGACGACGAAGAAGACUUAUUACGCCCGGAUUACUACGUAGCUUUUUGGAUAACUGUCCUCGUGCGCGCACACGUCGCAUCGUAGAAAUGGCGUGAGGAGCGCGAGGCCGCCAGAGCGAGGACAAGUCAGCACGAGGAUGGGCGCCGGCAUGGGGAGAAGCAGCAACGGCGGCGGCAGCCUGCUCGAAGCGCUGCCCACCGGCACGCCGCUGCACGUGGCGAUGCUGGGCCUGGACAGCGCCGGCAAGACGACGGCGCUCUACAGGCUCAAGUUCGAUCAGUACAUCAACACGGUGCCGACCAUCGGCUUCAACUGCGAGCGCAUACGCGGCGGCAUCGGCAAGGCCAAAGGUGUGAACUUUCUUGUGUGGGACGUGGGAGGUCAAGAGAAGCUGCGACCGCUGUGGAAGUCGUACACGCGCUGCACCGACGGCAUCAUCUUCGUGGUGGACUCGUGCGACAGCGAGCGCCUCGAGGAAGCCAAAAUGGAGCUGACCCGCACUGCCAGGAGCCCCGACAAUGCGGGCGUCCCCAUACUCAUACUGGCCAACAAGCAGGAUCUGCCGGGCGCCAAAGAAGUAGACGAGCUCGAGAAGCAGCUUGGAGUACUGGAAUUGUGCGCGAUGCCAGGAAGCUCGUGCAUAAAGAUCCAGCCGGCGUGCGCGAUAACGGGCGAAGGCUUGCACGAGGGUCUGGACAGUUUGUACCAGCUGAUUUUGAAACGGCGCAAAUUGGCGAAAUUGAAUCGCAAGAGGGCGAGGUAGGCCAGGGUUGCCGAAGACUAUUGCGCUUGCGUUUUCUGACAGUGCUCGCGGCCGGCGGCCGCGUCUGCAAGGACUGCCGCUGGUCCGUCGUCCUCGUCAUCAAUGUCCGUCGAUCGACAUCCUUGCCUCGGUUACGACGACAUGGACGACGACGCCGACUCGGUUUGUUACUCGUGCAGCAGUGUUGCGAACGCUGCCAACGCCGAGACCUCGUCGUCGUCGUCGUUACCACCCAACAAUUUCUAGUCUGUGCGCUACUGUCUCGACAAUAACACUAUGUAGCGUAGAUAAAGUUGUUUGAACUCUCAUUUAUUUUGUCUUUUUUGUACCAGAGAAAGUGGAAAAGGAUGGAGCGAAUGUGUGUGGAUGUUAUAUAACCUUUGUAAAACACGUGUAAUCUUGCCACCUACCCCCUAAUCGCCUUGUUGUUUUAUCGAUUGAUAAAAAAAAUCCUUGUUGCUGUAUUUCGACAUUUUAUUGUAAAGGACACUUGCGCGCGAAAGGGAAAGAGUCAGAUUGAUUGUGUAUAUAGGAUUGUAGUUUGUAAGCGACGAGUUUUUUAAACGAACACAAGUCAGCCUAGUGUCUGUCGUAUAAGUAAAAACGAAGACGAUGCCGUCGUCAAGGACUUGAUUGUAACGGAUAUACUGUCCAUGGCGUAUUCAAUUGUUGUUUCAUCGAAAUCGAUUGGUCUAUAUUAUACACGAGAGAGCGAUCACCCCGUACUAACGGAAUUUCGCUUGCUUCCAUUUUCUUUUUGUGGAUCGCUCAUCUUUUUCGGGGAAUCAGUCAAUAAAGAAGAAUUGAACAAAAGCAAAGAAUUCCAGAAUCAUAUUAUAUAUAUGAAAGAUAAAAAUGUCGUUCCUUCUGAAUGUCACUUCUAUAUUUUCUUAUAUAUUGUUCGUCCAAGCUUGUAAAACGAACGAUCGAGGGAAUUUGAUGCUAAUUCUUUUGCAAAUUCCGUUUACAAGGAAAAAACAUAAAAUAGCGUGUAACGCGAACCACCCUUGCUAUCUCUUUUCUACCAUUAAAAUGCUUGAGAGGGUUCGCUCUUAUUUAUAAUUCAACAACGAUAAAAAUUUUAUCGAUGAAAGUUAAUCGCUUGAACAAGAAAAACCACACAUGCACGAACACGAACACACACACACACACACACACACACACACACACACACACACACACACACACACACACACACACACACACACACACACACACACACACACACACACA